AAUAGAAUCAUUAAUAUUUUGUAUGUAAAACUUCGUGUAAUAGAUUUGUGUUUGUUUUUUACUAAUAUGCGCCAGCCUAAUUCAUGAUUGUUGCCUUGAAAGUGUCGUGUUAGGUGACCAUUGAAACAUAAGGCUCGGGAUAUUCCAGACCGGGGUCGGGUUGAGGCAAGACAUCCACUGCGAAUGCGGUGUUGCGUGCCGCCCUGCAGCAACACCGCGGACAAUGCGCCCUAACCCACGGCAGACAGAGAGGGGCAAAGACUAGGCGAUUACUCAUUACGGAUAGCACUCUAACAUUUAAAAACAGUAAACCAAACAGAAUACCAACAAAAGUGUAACUCACUGUCAACAAUGCUAGGAUCUGACCCCUGUGACAUAAAUGAUUUUCACAUAGAUAUUCCUUUUGAAGACCUACUGACAGAAUUAGAAGAAACUGAUCUCUUUCGAAAUGAAGAUCUCAAACAAGCUGAAACUUUAAAUAAAAAGUUUGUAAUAGCAUUCGAAAACGGAGAAAUAGAAGAAGAACAGUCUCCAGACGAAAAUGAACUACCUACCUUUGGAUGUACAAAUUGUUACGAGGAAUUUAUCCUCGAAAAAGAAUAUAAUGAGCAUGAUUGCAUGCAUCUUCAGAGCGGAGAUGGAGAAAGUAAUGAUACUGAAAGCUCCAGAUGUGAGACCUCCAAUGACACUGAAAUAUGGCAAGCACUUCAAGAUUUGGAAGAAAUCCUUUACCCUGCCGCAGACUUGCCACAAGCCCCAGUUCCAGUCGCUCCUCAGCCCAUAGAAGUAGAAGAAGUUGAGAAUUUCGAAAUAAAAGUGCCGCCAGCUGAAGAGACCCCCCCAGCACAACAUGUUUUAAACCACGCCGGAAUAAACGACAAACAACCGGAAAACAACAUUAGAGCAAACAUAAACAUAAAUCCUUCAUACACAAAUUGUGUAUUUAUUUUGGGUGAUGUGACACUCAAUAUCAACAACGUAUCAAAAGCUUCCCAAAGCAAUGACGCAAGCGAGACUGACGAAACGGCGUCGGAGACAGCUGUAGCGAAACCCUUCCAAUGCCACGUAUGCGACUACAAAGGCACAUAUUAUCACAAUUUCAGGAGGCACGUAAAAACGCAUUCGGGCGAAAAACCCUAUUCCUGUAAGUACUGCGACUUCAAAUGCGCACUCAAACAUGGUUUGGUGUUGCAUAUGCGAGCGCAUUCCGGCGAAAGGCCGUACUCGUGUAAACAAUGCGAGUACAGAGGUUCAAAUUCAUACGCACUGUUGACGCACGUACGGACGCAUACCGGCGAAAAACCGUACACUUGUAAGAUAUGCGGGUACAAAUGCGCACAUAGGAGCACCCUGGUGUUGCACACGAAAAGUCACAAAUAGUAGUGUUCUUUACUAACACAUGCUAACAAUAUGCCGAUAAUAUGUAUGCGGACAGUAAUUUAAAAUCUAAAAUGUAUCUAUAUAGAAUGUUCGUAAUAUAUAUACUA